AUUGUCUAGGCGGCGCAUGACAACUCGCAGAUCCUUUCAGCAUUAGAACAGAAUAACUGAAUUAGUUUGAGGAGUUUAGGUGGUUUAUAGAUCGAAUAAACUGCGCAGCGCCAGGCAUGCAUUCGUGAAUAAACAGGAUAUUCAUUUACGCUGUCAGAAGAACUAUCAACGAAGCCAACUAAUAAACAAUAAAAAGCUGGAAUGGAGAACAAAACCAACGGAUCAGUGGAAGCCAAGCCUAAGGUGGAGAAUGGACAGCUGCCGGAUCCUGCUGACUGGGCGGUUACUGAUGUCGUUAACUAUUUCAAAGCUGCAGGAUUUGAAGAGCAGGCUACUGCUUUCCAGGACCAGGAAAUCGAUGGAAAGUCUUUGCUUCUGAUGACACGGAACGAUGUCCUGACAGGCCUGUCCAUCAAACUGGGGCCAGCACUGAAGAUCUACGAGUACCAUGUGAAGCCACUCCAGACCCAGCAUCUGAAGAGUAAUGCUAAUGCAUCAUAGCAUCACCCCAUGCUCUUCCAUGUGCAACAGGACAGUCAUCUAUGGAGGGUUGAGAGGCUGGACGGACAGACCAGGCUGAAGACGUUUAUGGACAGCAGAAGAUGGUGCUUAGAAAACUUAUUUGCAUCCUUAUGCAAUGUCAAUGUACUUUUACUUGAAGUGAUGACCGAUGCCAAAUGGUUUACGCCGUGAAAUUAAUUUACAAAAGACAUGGCAUGGCAGUGAUCAUACGGUUUUUAGUUAACUGAGUGAUAUUGGUUUAUGAAAGUAAGGACUUGAUUCCUUUAUUUGAAUAAAAUUAUUUUACAGGUCUUAAAGUACACUGUACAGGUUUUUUUUUUCUAAGUUUGUUUCAAUAUAUUCUAAUCAAGCAUGCUACUGAAGCGGAUUCAACCGAAUUGGUUAAUUUAGGAGACAGUCCUUUUCAGAUGGACGCAAAGGUGCACUAGAUGUCUGACCUGCUGAUAAAUGUCCUAACCUUGUCUUGAUAUUUUCAUUAUAUACAAACUU